AUGCAUUCGCCAUCAUACGCGGAUGUUUGCGUCGCCCGAGCGAUGCUAAACGCCCUGAAGCUCCCUACCGAGCUCGUGCUCGAAAUUCUGGACCGCGCUCGCUAUUGGCCCGCACUCAAAUUCACCAGCAUUCGCCUCGGAAGAGCUGUAGCAGGGAUAAGCGCUUCGGUGAGCGCUAGCCUUUCUCUAGAGGCCGGAAUCCUCAGUCCAGAUACUUUGCGCCAUAUUUGCAGUAGCACAGAGACGCCAAAAGUCAAGGAGAUUGAAUUCUGGAUUGAGAGCCGCGACCAAGGAUGGACCAGCGAGCACACCGGAGGCACCUUCAACACUUCUUCCUGGUUGGAGGUAUCAAUUUUCCGCCCAGGUUCUGUUAUGCGAGACCUUCCCCCCGCCCACCUAAUGUUCAAGCGCCAGAGCUCUCCGCUCGAAUUACAGCGCAUGCUGCAGGAUUAUGGUUGGACUCUCGUUACUCGGCCAGAGUCUGUAGAGCAGGGUCCACAGGCUGGCGAAGGCCACCUUGCGUGGUAUCUCCAGGGUAACCGUGUGGCAUGGGUUCCACGAUAUGAUUACCGAGUAGUCUGGGCCUUUGACCAUUUCGAGGGUAACGAAGGAGCUGGGCGUGGCGAGGGAUUUCUCCAGGAGCUGAAGGAGGGGGAUCGUCUGUUGAUCUGGGCGAGGGCUAAGUACCCAGGCUGGGAAUGUAUCGUAGGCAGCGUUAAGAUGACCGUCCACUAUGGAUUCUAA